AAAUGAGAAUUCAUUCCGGCCGCCAUCAUGGAUUUAAGGGGCGCUUCUCGCGGCGCCACCCUUCGUGGUCGAAACAGUUGAAAAAAAAAAGAGAAGAACGAGUGAGCGCAGCAGCAGCUUUUUAUGAUUCACAUUCGAAAUUCUUCAGUGCGUCUCGACUCGUGCCGUCGAGAGGUUCGUUCGUGUCGUAUCUCCCGGACGUCGUCGUACCCGUCAGUGUCGUCGUUCGGAUUUUUUGUGAGGACGUAGAGUAUGUGAUAAGACGUCCUAUAUAUUAUUUAAUUAGUUAUUCAACCCACCGUUUAAUAUAAUAACUGGAAUUUCAUCUCUGCGAAAACGAGAGACUGGCUGAAAAUAUUUUUCGUAUUUAAUCAAGCUGAAUUUAUUUCGAACGCGACGACUAUGUCAGCAGGGAAGGACGCUGAAAAGGAGAGGACGAUGAAAAUAAAAACGAUUAUGUCAAAAAGGAGAUAAGAGGAUAUCGUGGUUUGUUUAUUGUCAACAAUAUCAUCUGAUAAAAUAUCGAUCGAUGGAGUUUCUUGGCGAUAUAAUCCAGUGAGUAAUAUAAGAACGUGUUAAUUGUGCAUCGAAUAUCAAGAUCCCGGUACUCGAUAGAAAUAAAAGUAAAUAAAACAGGAAGUAAAGGAAUAAUCGGCGCAGAUUAAAUAAAUUCCCCGAUAGAUAUGCCCAAGGGGAGUGCAAUUAACGGCACCUGUGAAAGACUUGGGGUAGUUAUUUUACCGAGAAUAAUAACGAUGAGCGGUUUCACAUUUUUCUGCAUCUUCUCGGUGCUCGGCGUCGCCGCUACCUCAGCCGCUGGGUUAAAAUGUGAUGCUGUAAGGCCCUAUUUCGAAGCCCAAGGAUUUCCGAGCAGCGAUAUACCCAAAGAACCCAUUUCUUCACGAGAACUUAAGACCUGCGGAGGAGUCAGCAGCGGGGGUGAAGUAUGUUGUUCAGCAGACAUGGAACUCAGACUACAGGCGAGGGCCAGAGACAAACACGACAAGGCAACAAAAGAUAGUCUGCAGAGAUGGCAUCAGAUAUUUGCAACAAGAGCCACAAAGUUUCACGACUUUUUCAAGGAGCUACUCGCUGCGAGUAAAAAGGGAUUUCAUGAAAUGUUUAAACGUACCUACGGAGUAAUUUAUGAACAGAAUGCAUAUCUGUUCACGGAUCUAUUCAAGGAAUUGGAGAACUAUUACGCCAGAGGAACGGUCAACCUAGAGGAUGCUAUGGAUAAUUUCUUCAAUACUCUAUACCAAAAAAUGUUCACCGUAAUGAACAGCCAGUAUCAGUUCGACGACAAAUAUCUAGAGUGCGUAGGAGAUCACAUGAAGGAAAUGAGCCCCUUUGGAGACGUUCCGCAGAAACUUAGCGUGCAAAUUAAAAGAUCAUUCGUUGCCACCCGGGCGUUCAGUCAGUCCUUGAACGUUGCUGCCGACGUUCUUAAGAACAUGCAAAGUCUUAAAUCGUCUCCGGAGUGUGCGGCAGCGUUGACAAGGAUGACAGCUUGUCCAUCGUGCAGUGGAAUACCUGGAAACGUUUUAGCUUGCGUUAAUAUGUGCGCAAACGUAAUGAAAGGAUGCCUUGCUCAACAUGCUGCUCUCGACGUUGACUGGAAUCAUUUUGUCGAGGCCGUGGACAAGGUUGCUGACCGUCUGUUGGGCCCGUUCAACAUAGAAAUGGUCGUUGAGCCCAUAGACAUAAAAAUAUCAGAAGCGAUAAUGAACUUCCAAGAAAACGGGGCAGACGUCUCGAGGCAGGUAUUUUCCGGUUGCGGAAAGCCUCUUCUCGGUAAAAGACGGAGACGAGAUAACAGGGAACUGCAAUUAGAGUCGCUGAAUUUCAAUCAGGCAGCAUCUCCUGAGGAUCGAGCCCCCACGGCCGCCAUGUUGGAUAAACUUGUCAAAGAAAUUAGACAAAGGAUACGAGAUUCCAAACAGUUUUGGAUUUAUCUACCCUAUCAAAUUUGUAACAACGGGCUCGUUGUACCGCCCAGCAACACGGAAGAAUGUUGGAAUGGGACACACGUUGAUCAAUACAUCUACCCAGUCUCAUCCAACGGCGAGUUUCAAACUUUGAAUCCUGAGGUUAGGGCAGCUGGUCCAAAGGCUACGGUUGUCAAAGAACAACUCUACGCAUUAUCCAUAAUCAGCAACAGAUUGCGUUCUGCUUUCAAUGGUCAGGACGUCGACUGGAUGGACACAGAAGAAACUUGGUACGGGUCUGGCAGUGGUUCCGGAGGAGGUAGCGACGGUCACGUAGACAAUGUAGACGACGACGAUGAAGAAGACGACGAACAUCCGGUCGAAGAAGGUUCGGGUUACGAGAUCCCAGCGAAUCCAAUAAUUCCAGAGGUGACGAGACAGCAGCCGAAAAUUCUACACGGUGAAACUGUUGCUUUACCACCUAGAACUGACGUCGAGAUAAAGCCUAAAAUCAGUAACGGCAUCGGAAACAACAACAAAACUUUAACCUCCGACAGCAGUGGCUCAGGUGCGAGUAGACAGCAGAUGUCGUUGUCUAGAGCUUUGACCACGUAUUUAUUCCCCAUUGCUGUUAUGUGGUUCGGUGGUUGUCUCACCGAGUGGCUGUGAUCGGACGGUGUGGAUUUAGUGACAGUUUAACGUGUAAAUAUUUGAUAUUCUUAUACCGAUCUGAUUCGAAACAAGGAAAUUGGAAAGAGAGAUAAAUCGAGUGGUGUUUGAAAGUUAUCGAAGAGUUUGACGAUGCGAAUAAGAUGAUUACUUUCAUUCGCUCCCGUGCGGUGUAAACAGAUUCUAUGGACCCGUACUACGGAUAUAAUUAGUGCUGAAAAUUAUAAUUAAUCAAGAAAUCUAGGAGGUUAAACUAAUAUAAUCAAAAAACAGAUUAUAGCAAAAUUGAAAAUAUUCACUCAAUCGAUGAUAAUAAUUUCGCUAAUAAUAAAAAAAAGGUCUGCUGCGGAAGACUUUUUUAUUUUCUUAAAAUAUAAAAUACAUAAAAUAAAAGCAAGGCGAAACCCGAGAGAGAGAUGAUAGACGAAGAUUUAAAAAAAAAAUAAAUAUAUGUGUAGGAAAACAUAAAUGAAACUAAUACCUAGAAGUGUGAAUAAUAAAUAUAAGAUCGGAAACAAUGUUGAAAAUGACCAGAUAUACGUAAUGUGGAAAUUGAAAGUAAUUUGAGUAUACGAUGAAAAAAAAAGGUGGUGAACAUUCUCUCGCUACUCGGUUUGGCGUGCAGAUAUGACGAAGGUUGAGAAGAAUAUGUAGAAAAAAAAAUAUUGACAGAAGGUGAAGUAAUUUAGUGCAGCUAGAAAAAAGAGACAAAGUUCCGCGCAACAUUUUAUCUUAACCAAUUAAUUUGAAAGAUUAGAGAAAAGAAGAAAGAGAAGAAUAGUGAGAAAGAAGGAAGCUUAAGAAUGAGUAUAAUGAAAUUGGAAAAAUAACUAGAACUAUUAUCAAUGACAAAAAAUGAUACGUCAUCUUCAUUUUUAGCAUCUCUCCAGUAACAAUGAUAGAAAUUAAAAAUGGAGGUAUGAUAUUAUUUCCACACACGUUAGCAUUUAUUUUCAUGCAUUUAUUAAAAAUCAAGAAAAUUAAAAAACACAAAAACAAAACAAACAACAAAAAGAAAUAAUCAAAGCCCCUUGUGUUUUGACGAGCACGUUAGAAAAAAAAAAUGUAGUAGUGAUUGAAAACCGCUGUUAAAAAAUGAGCUCCUGUGAUAUAAAAGCAUCCAAGUUAAUCGAUGAUACACUGCGACACUUAAUAUUUUGAAUUU